AUGAACAUUGAAGAUGAUGAGAACAAAGAGAAAAAAGAAACGUGCUUAUCAUACAUUAAGAAGAUAAAUAUGUCAGAAAUAAUAAAUGAUGAAGCAAUAGGUAAGCGAGCUGAAUAUUUAUGGAAUUUAGCUUUAUCUGCAGUGUAUAUAAAUGUAAAAUUAUCUAUGAAGUAUAUUGCCUUGAUAAAAAAAAUAACAAAAAAUAAUUUAUUAUUUGAUAAUAUAUGUUGUCAUUAUUGUAAUUUAAUAUAUAUUCCAUUUUAUAAUUGUAAGAUCACUCAUAGUCCGAAUCAAGGGAAAGCAACUUACACGUGUUUACUUUGUAAACGUAAAAAAAAAAUAAAUUUACAACAUUUAAGCAAACAUAAAAACAUAUAUCCCCUUAAGCAUAGUGAUAAACAUAAACCAUCCAUCAGUAAUUUGUCCAAUGUUAAUUUCUUUUUAAUUAAUGAAAUUGAUAAUUAUGAAAUAAAAAAGAAUAAUGUCCCCCUUAAUAAGGAUGAUACAAGUAAUACUGAAAAUCAAUUGAGCACACAACAGGAGAAUAAAAAUGAGUAUAUUGUUAAAGAUGUUAGUUGUGCAGAUAUGCAAAAGGAGGAACAUAUUAUUAAUCAGGAUAAUAUUAUAAAUCAGGAGAAUAUUAUUAACCAGGAUAAUAUUAUAAAUCAGGACAAUAUUAUUAACCAGGAUAAUAUUAUAAAUCAGGACAAUAUUAUUAACAAGAACAAUAUGUACCAAAAUCUAUCCUAUUUAUUUCGAAUCGAUUAUGGAAUAAAUAAAGAUGAUACUCAAAAAGGUAAUGAAAUUUAUGAUAAAUCCGUUGUGAAUGAAAGUGAAAAAUGUAAAACUGUCCAUAUUGAAAAUAUCAAAAAUGAUGAUAAAAAGAAUAUGAACAGUGAAGCUAAAAAUAUUAAAAAUGAAAGAAAACGUAAAUCCCAAAACAACAAUAUAGCACAAAAUAAAAAUCAGGGUUUUCCGAAUAUGAAUAUGAAUGAUGGCUUUUUAAAUUUUAAUAAAUCCAAAAAAAAAAAGGGAAAAAGUAUAUUAGAUAUACUAUAA